CUAAGAUUUUCAAACUAAAAAAAUAACGUUUAAUUUCUUCUAUAUGCCUGCUAAUCCAAAAGAAAAUUCAGAGACUGCUCGUUUAUCUCUGUUUCUUGCAGACUGCCUUUCCGUAGGCUGCUUGAAGGGUUUCAAACACUUUGAAGUAUAUUUGAGAGGUCGAGAAGAACUUUUAUUGCGUGUAUAUAUCGAUAAUAAGAAUACAUCACAAUCAAAUUUAAGUAAUAGAUCAAGUUAUAAUUCUAGUUCUCUGUCACUUGCAAAGUCUCAAAGUAAUGCAGUAUUUUCGCCAAAAACGCGACGAACUUUAAGUAACGGAUCCGAUUUUAUGAAUUUAGUAUUACCUCCAUCUAGUCCUUUAGACAAAGACUUAGAAAAAGAUGAAACUAACCAUGUUUUCCUGAUAGCUGGAUAUGCAAGAUACAAAUGUCCUUAUGUUUGGCUAAGGUCAAAUCAUAAGAGAUUAAUUCAGCUUCAAGGUGAUCAAAAAUUGGAAACUGAUAAUCCAUUAAAACUUGAUACUAUAGCAGCCUGGAAAACAAAAGAGAUCAGACUUUGGAACAUUAUUGCAGAAGUUAUUACAUUAUGUCUUGAACCAGCACCAGAAAAUCCGUUUGAGAUAAUCCAUUCAUAUUAUAAUUCAUUACCACUUGAAGAAAUGGCUGUUAGCACGGGAGCCAUGAUAAAUUUUCUUCAAAAAGUCUAUCUAAUGGAUACUUCAUAUGCUGACAAAGUUUUUGAAGAUAUAAAACUACUUCAACAACGACACUUCGCAUCUUUCGAUGAGAUGAAUGAAGCAUUGAACUCGAAUUCAUUAGAAAAAUCAAAUCCAUCAUCUAGUAUUUCGGCUGCUACUAAUACCUAAAAAUUCUUCGCAUAAGAAUCAUUAGCCUAUCAUUUUUUUUUUCUUUAUACACUUGUAAUUCAUUUAAAUUAUUUAGUUUGUGCAUACGAUUUUAUUUAAACCUAUUGUAUAAUUAUUUAUAUCGAUAUUUAAAAUGUAUAAAGUAAAAUCAGAGACUUUUUUAUUUAAAAUAUAUAGAAAACACAAAAUAUGG